ACCUGUGCAGGACCUGUUCACUACCCACAGGAUCACCAUGGGGACAACCAAGGAUACACCGAUAUGGAGGCUGAUAUGCCUGGUACUACUGAUCAGAUCAACACAAACAGUGAACCCCACCACAAGUGUAACAAUCAUCCCGACUAUGAUCACGACUAUACCCACACUUUCAGGAAUGAAUGCCUCACACAAUGACCAGGUCUGCAGCACAUGGGGUAACUAUCACUUCAAGACCUUCGACGGGGACUUUUUCCAGCUCCCCUCCACCUGCAACCAUGUUGUGACCUCACUGUGUAAGAGCAGUUAUGAGGCUUUCAACAUCCAGAUGAGGCGGCAGGUGGUGGACAACCAGCCCACCAUUAGCAAGAUCACCAUGAAGCUGGAUGGUGUAGUGGUGGAGCUUUCCAAGGGUGUUGUUGUGGUCAAUGGGCAGACGGUGACCCUGCCGGUUAGCUUGUCUGGAGUCAGCAUCAUGAAGACUACUUCCAAUGUGAAGGUCGUAGCCAAACUGGGGCUGGUUGCUGUUUGGAACAAGGAUGAUUCCCUAAUGAUUCAAAUGAACGAGAAGUACAGAAACCAGACCUGCGGACUGUGUGGUGACUUCAAUGAAGUCCAAACAUACAAUGAGUUCAUCAUCAAUGGUGGGAAACUCUCCAGCUCUGACUAUGGAAACCUCUGGAAACUGGAUGGUCCUCUGGAAGUCUGUGAGGAGCCUACACUAACUUCUGAUGAGAGUUGUGGAGAUGAGGAAUUUUGUCAGCAGCUGUUCUCCAGUGCAGCUUUCAGUAGCUGCACUAAUUAUUUGGACAAGGACGCCUUCGUCGAGACCUGCCUGGCUGACCUGUGCCACUGUGAUAACAGCACCAACUCCUUCUGCCUGUGCAACACCAUCUCAGAGUACUCCCGUCAGUGUGUUCAUGCAGGGGGGAAGCCCAAACAAUGGAGGACUGAACAGUUCUGCUAUAAGACAUGCCCCGACAACAUGGAGUACCAGGAGUGUGGAAGCCCCUGUGUUGACACCUGCUCCAACCCAGAGGCCAGACAGUUGUGUGAAGACCACUGUACAGACGGCUGCUUCUGUCCUCUAGGUACUGUUUUCGAUGAUGUCAACAACAGUGGCUGUAUUCCAGUGAGCCAAUGCCUCUGUGUCCACAAUGGACAAUUAUACAAAUCUGGAGAAUCUUACACCAGCAACUGUAAAGAAUGCACCUGUGCUGGUGGUCAGUGGGCCUGCACAGACAAGGACUGUCCUGGGACCUGCUCUGUGGAGGGAGGAUCCCACAUCAACACCUAUGAUGGGAAAGCAUACACCUUUCACGGGGGCUGCUCUUACAUUCUGACCAAGCAAUGCAAUGGAACUGAAUUCACCGUGCUGGGAGACAUUGUGAAGUGUGGGUUGACUGACACUGAGACGUGUAUGAGGGCUGUUACCCUUGCCCUCUCCAGCAGAUCCACCGUGAUCCGAGUCCAGUCAUGUGGAAGUGUUUUUGUAAAUCAGAUUCUUUCUCAGCUCCCACUCUAUACAGCUGAAGUGACCGUCUUCAAGCCCUCCUCAUUCUACAUUGUUAUCCAGACAACUCUUGGAGUUCAACUUCAGAUCCAGCUUUCACCAGUUAUGCAGAUCUACAUAACUGCCAUCUCAUCCUACAAAGGAACAACCUGUGGCCUUUGCGGAAACUACAAUAAUGUUCAGGCAGAUGAUUUCAGAGUCAUCAGUGGAUUGGUGGAGGGCACAGCUGUAGCUUUUGCCAACACAUGGAAGACCAUGUCUAGCUGCCCUGAUGUCAAGACUAGCUUUGAAAACCCCUGCAGUUUGAGCAUUGAAAAUGAGAAAUAUGCCCAGCACUGGUGUUCCAUGUUAUCAGAUCCUAAAGGAGUGUUCUCGCCUUGCCAUUCUGAAAUAAGACCUGACACCUACAAAACCAAUUGCAUGUAUGACAGCUGUAACUGUGAGAAAAGUGAGGACUGCAUGUGUGCUGCCGUCUCCUCUUAUGUCCACGCUUGUGCUGCCGAGGGUAUCCAGCUCACUGGCUGGAGAGACACUAUCUGCAAUACAUUUGCCACUUGCCCCAGUCAAACAGUUUAUACCUACAACAUGACCAGCUGUGGACGCACCUGCCGCUCCCUGAGCAUGACAGACCAAUCUUGCCAGGUGGAGUUUGUUCCAGUGGACGGAUGUGGCUGUGCAGAGGGCACCUAUAUGGACGAGGCUGGCCAGUGUGUUGCCCCCACCAACUGUCCCUGCUAUGACAAGGGCUCGGUGGUCCCUGCAGGAGAGACUAUCAGCAGAGACGGUGCCACCUGCACUUGCAGACAAGGGACACUGAGUUGCACUGGGGAAGCAAGACUAUUUAUAUGCACCCUACCAAUGGUUUUCUUCAACUGCUCAACUGUACCUCCAGGAGUGUCAGGUUCAGAGUGUCAGAAGAGCUGCAAAACUCUGGACAUGACCUGUAUUAGCACAGAGUGCACAUCAGGUUGUAUGUGCCCCAACGGACUGGUGUCUGAUGGAAACGGAGACUGCAUCAAGGAGGAACUUUGUCCUUGUGCUCACAAUGGAGCUACUUACCAAGCUGGAGAGACCCUUAAGGUUGACUGUAAUACAUGUACUUGCAAGGACAGACAAUGGCAGUGUACCACAAAUCUCUGUGAUGGAGUUUGUGCAAUCUAUGGAGAGGGUCACUAUAUCACUUUUGAUGAGAAAAGGUUCAACUUUAAUGGAAACUGUGAAUACACUCUCAUUCAGGACUACUGUGGCAAUACUAAUGGCAGUGGCAGCUUCAGAGUCCUCACUGAGAAUGUUCCUUGUGGAACUAAAGGCACCACCUGCUCCAAGACCAUCAAGCUCUUCCUGGGGACCAGUGAGCUCAUACUGGCAGAUGGGGCCGCUCAAGUUGUCAGGAGUACUCCAGAAGAGCAGUUUCCUAAACAGAUCAGCCUUCUGGGGAAUUAUCUGGUCAUUGAAGUCAAAAGUGGUCUAAUCCUCAUGUGGGACAAGAAGACCAGUCUCUUUAUCAAGCUUAGCCCACAAUACCAGGGGCUGGUGUGUGGUCUGUGUGGAAACUAUGAUGGCAACGCAAACAAUGACUUCACCACUAGAGCCCAAGCGACUGUUGUUGAUCCGGUAGAAUUUGGAAACAGCUGGAAAGUUUCAUCAAGCUGUCCAAGUGUAUCUGCUGUAGCGCACCCAUGUGCCUCCAACCCGUACAGAGCGUCUUGGGCCCAGAAACAGUGCAGCAUCAUUAACAGUGAUGUUUUCACAGCCUGCCAGAACCAGGUGGACCCCUCUCCUUACUACGAUGCUUGUGUGAGAGACUCAUGUGCUUGUGACAGUGGUGGAGACUGUGAGUGCUUCUGUACCGCAGUGGCAGCUUAUGCAAAGGCCUGUAAUGAAGCUGGAGCAUGCGUAGCCUGGAGAACCCCUCGAAUUUGUCCACUGUUCUGUGAUUACUACAACCCUACUGGAGAAUGUGAGUGGCACUACAAGGCAUGUGGAGCUCAGUGUAUGAAGACCUGCAGAAACCCUUCCGGAGACUGUUCUAGUUUAAUUCCAGCAUUGGAAGGCUGCUAUCCUAACUGUCCUGUGGCACAACCUUACUUCAAUGAGGAGACAAUGAAGUGUGUGGAGAGGGAACAAUGUGGCUGUUAUGACUAUGAAGGAAACCAGUACACCAAUGGACAGAAUCUUCCGGCACAAAAUUGUGAAACAUGCACCUGCACAAUGACUGGAGUGAGCUGUAGUUAUGAUGUAAAUGAUUGUACAUGCUUGCAUAAUGGUAAACAACACCCGUAUGGAGAAACCCUCUACAAUACAACAGAUGGGAUUGGUAACUGCAUUGUUGCUGUUUGUGCCUCGAACGGAACCAUUACCAGGAACAUUUCUCCUUGUCAAGUGACCACAACUCCAGUACCAACCACAACAUCCCCUCUGACCACAACAACUGUCCAUGCAACUACAACACAGACCUCUACAACAACACUAAAGCCCACAACUGUCUUCCACUUCUCAACACCUGAACCAACAUCAACAUCAACAUGGACGUCAACAACAAUGGAGACCACAACAACUACGGUACCCACAACAAGUGGAGAAGAAUCUACAUCGACCCCAGCUGAAACUUCAACAAAGGAAGAAACAACAACUGAGACCAUCGCAUCCACAAAGCCACUUAAAGAAGUCACCUCCGGCCCAACAACCACUUCCACAACUGUAAAUGUUGAAACUUCUACUUCAACAUCACAGCCCACAGUAACAGGUGAAGAAACAUCAGGGCCAGUUGUCAUAACUUCCAAUCCCACGACAUCAACCACAACUUCAAAGGCACCCACUACACCUACCACAGGUGGAACUUCAACAGUUGAAGAAACCACAACUGAGACAAUUUCAUCUACAUCCACAAAGCCACCUAAAGAAGUCCCCACGGGCCCAACAACCACUUCCACCACAGUAAUUGUUGAAACCUCUACUUCAACAUCACAGCCCACAACAACAGGUGAAGAAACAACAGGGCCAGUUGUCAUAACUUCCAAUCCCACUACUUUAACAACAACAACAAUUGCACCCACAACAACGAAACCUACCACAGGUGGAACGACAACAGUUGAAGAAACCACAAAUGAGACAAGUCCAUCUACAAAACCACCUAAAGAAGUCACCUCCGGCCCAACAACCACUUCCACCACUGUAAUUGCUGAAACCUCUACUUCAACAUCACAGCCCACAGCAACAGGUGAAGAAACAUCAGGGCCAGUUGUCAUUACAUCCAAUCCCACUACUUUAACAACAACGACACCUACCACAGGUGGAACAACAACAGUUGAAGAAACCACAACAGAGACCAUUUCAUCUACAGCCACAAAGCCACCGAAAGAAGUCCCCACGAGCCCAACAACCACUUCCACCACUGUAAUUGCUGAAACCUCUACUUCAACAUCACAGCCCACAGCAACAGGUGAAGAAACAUCAGGGCCAGUUGUCAUAACUUCCAAUCCCACUACUUUAACAACAACAACAAUUGCACCCACAACAACGACACCUACCACGGGUGGAACUACAAGAAUUGAAGAAACCACAUCUGAGUCAAUUUCAUCUACAUCCACAAAGCCACCUAAAGAAGUCCCCACGGGCCCAACAACAACUUCCACCACUGUAAUUGUUGAAACCUCUACUUCAACAUCACAGCCCACAGCAACAGGUGAAGAAACAACAGGGCCAGUUGUCAUAACUUCCAAUCCCACUACUUUAACAACAACAACAAUUGCACCCACAACAACGAAACCUACCACAGGUGGAACGACAACAGUUGAAGAAACCACAACAGAGACAAUUUCAUCUACAUCCACAAAGCCACCUAAAGAAGUCCCCACGGGCCCAACAACAACUUCCACCACUGUAAUUGUUGAAACCUCUACUUCAACAUCACAGCCCACAGCAACAGGUGAAGAAACAACAGGGCCAGUUGUCAUAACUUCCAAUCCCACUACUUUAACAACAACAACAAUUGCACCCACAACAACGAAACCUACCACAGGUGGAACGACAACAGUUGAAGAAACCACAACAGAGACAAUUUCAUCUACAUCCACAAAGCCACCUAAAGAAGUCCCCACGGGCCCAACAACAACUUCCACCACUGUAAUGGUUGAAACCUCUACUUCAACAUCACAGCCCACAGCAACAGGUGAAGAAACAACAGGGCCAGUUGUCAUAACUUCCAAUCCCACUACUUUAACAACAACAACAAUUGCACCCACAACAACGAAACCUACCACAGGUGGAACGACAACAGUUGAAGAAACCACAAAUGAGACAAGUCCAUCUACAAAACCACCUAAAGAAGUCACCUCCGGCCCAACAACAACUUCCACCACUGUAAUUGCUGAAACCUCUACUUCAACAUCACAGCCCACAGCAACAGGUGAAGAAACAUCAGGGCCAGUUGUCAUUACAUCCAAUCCCACUACUUUAACAACGACAACAAUUGCACCCACAACAACGAAACCUACCACAGGUGGAACGACAACAGUUGAAGAAACCACAAAUGAGACAAGUCCAUCUACAAAACCACCUAAAGAAGUCACCUCCGGCCCAACAACCACUUCCACCACUGUAAUUGCUGAAACCUCUACUUCAACAUCACAGCCCACAGCAACAGGUGAAGAAACAUCAGGGCCAGUUGUCAUUACAUCCAAUCCCACUACUUUAACAACAACGACACCUACCACAGGUGGAACGACAACAGUUGAAGAAACCACAACAGAGACAAUUUCAUCUACAUCCACAAAGCCACCAAAAGAAGUCACCUCCGGCCCAACAACAACUUCCACCACUGUAAUUGUUGAAACCUCUACUUCAACAUCACAGCCCACAACAACAGGUGAAGAAACAACAGGGCCAGUUGUCAUAACUUCCAAUCCAACUACUUUAACAACAACAACAAUUGCACCCACAACAACGACACCUACCACGGGUGGAACGACAACAGUUGAAGAAACCACAAAUGAGACAAGUCCAUCUACAAAACCACCUAAAGAAGUCACCUCCGGCCCAACAACCACUUCCACCACUGUAAUUGCUGAAACCUCUACUUCAACAUCACAGCCCACAGCAACAGGUGAAGAAACAUCAGGGCCAGUUGUCAUUACAUCCAAUCCCACUACUUUAACAACAACGACACCUACCACAGGUGGAACAACAACAGUUGAAGAAACCACAACAGAGACCAUUUCAUCUACAGCCACAAAGCCACCGAAAGAAGUCCCCACGAGCCCAACAACCACUUCCACCACUGUAAUUGCUGAAACCUCUACUUCAACAUCACAGCCCACAGCAACAGGUGAAGAAACAUCAGGGCCAGUUGUCAUUACAUCCAAUCCCACUACUUUAACAACAACGACACCUACCACAGGUGGAACGACAACAGUUGAAGAAACCACAACAGAGACCAUUUCAUCUACAGCCACAAAGCCACCGAAAGAAGUCCCCACGAGCCCAACAACCACUUCCACCACUGUAAUUGCUGAAACCUCUACUUCAACAUCACAGCCCACAGCAACAGGUGAAGAAACAUCAGGGCCAGUUGUCAUUACAUCCAAUCCCACUACUUUAACAACAACGACACCUACCACAGGUGGAACGACAACAGUUGAAGAAACCACAACAGAGACAAUUUCAUCUACAUCCACAAAGCCACCUAAAGAAGUCCCCACGGGCCCAACAACAACUUCCACCACUGUAAUGGUUGAAACCUCUACUUCAACAUCACAGCCCACAGCAACAGGUGAAGAAACAACAGGGCCAGUUGUCAUAACUUCCAAUCCCACUACUUUAACAACAACUACAAUGGCACCCAAAACAACGACACCUACCACGGGUGGAACUACAAGAAUUGAAGAAACCACAUCUGAGUCAAUUUCAUCUACAUCCACAAAGCCACCUAAAGAAGUCCCCACGGGCCCAACAACAACUUCCACCACUGUAAUUGUUGAAACCUCUACUUCAACAUCACAGCCCACAGCAACAGGUGAAGAAACAACAGGGCCAGUUGUCAUAACUUCCAAUCCCACUACUUUAACAACAACAACAAUUGCACCCACAACAACGAAACCUACCACAGGUGGAACGACAACAGUUGAAGAAACCACAACAGAGACAAUUUCAUCUACAUCCACAAAGCCACCUAAAGAAGUCCCCACGGGCCCAACAACAACUUCCACCACUGUAAUUGUUGAAACCUCUACUUCAACAUCACAGCCCACAGCAACAGGUGAAGAAACAACAGGGCCAGUUGUCAUAACUUCCAAUCCCACUACUUUAACAACAACUACAAUGGCACCCAAAACAACGACACCUACCACGGGUGGAACUACAAGAAUUGAAGAAACCACAUCUGAGUCAAUUUCAUCUACAUCCACAAAGCCACCUAAAGAAAUCCCCACGGGCCCAACAACCACUUCCACCACUGUAAUUGUUGAAACCUCUACUUCAACAUCACAGCCCACAGCAACAGGUGAAGAAACAUCAGGGCCAGUUGUCAUAACUUCCAAUCCCACUACUUUAACAACAACAACAAUUGCACCCACAACAACGACACCUACCACGGGUGGAACUACAAGAAUUGAAGAAACCACAUCUGAGUCAAUUUCAUCUACAUCCACAAAGCCACCUAAAGAAGUCCCCACGGGCCCAACAACAACUUCCACCACUGUAAUUGUUGAAACCUCUACUUCAACAUCACAGCCCACAGCAACAGGUGAAGAAACAUCAGGGCCAGUUGUCAUAACUUCCAAUCCCACUACUUUAACAACAACAACAAUUGCACCCACAACAACGACACCUACCACGGGUGGAACUACAAGAAUUGAAGAAACCACAUCUGAGUCAAUUUCAUCUACAUCCACAAAGCCACCUAAAGAAGUCCCCACGGGCCCAACAACAACUUCCACCACUGUAAUUGUUGAAACCUCUACUUCAACAUCACAGCCCACAGCAACAGGUGAAGAAACAUCAGGACCAGUUGUCAUAACUUCCAAUCCCACUACUUUAACAACAACAACAAUUGCACCCACAACAACGACACCUACCACAGGUGGAACGACAACAGUUGAAGAAACCACAACAGAGACAAUUUCACCUACAGCCACAAAGCCACCUAAAGAAGUCCCCACGGGCCCAACAACCACUUCCACCACUGGAAUUGUUGAAACCUCUACUUCAACAUCACAGCCCACAGCAACAGGUGAAGAAACAUCAGGGCCAGUUGUCAUUACAUCCAAUCCCACUACUUUAACAACAACGACACCUACCACAGGUGGAACGACAACAGUUGAAGAAACCACAACAGAGACAAUUUCAUCUACAGCCACAAAGCCACCUAAAGAAGUCCCCACGGGCCCAACAACAACUUCCACCACUGUAAUUGUUGAAACCUCUACUUCAACAUCACAGCCCACAACAACAGGUGAAGAAACAACAGGGCCAGUUGUCAUAACUUCCAAUCCCACUACUUUAACGACAACAACAAUUGCACCCACAACAAUGACACCUACCACAGGUGGAACGACAACAGUUGAAGAAACCACAACAGAGACAAUUUCACCUACAGCCACAAAGCCACCUAAAGAAGUCCCCACGGGCCCAACAACCACUUCCACCACUGUAAUUGUUGAAACCUCUACUUCAACAUCACAGCCCGCAACAACAGGUGAAGAAACAACAGGGCCAGUUGUCAUAACUUCCAAUCCCACUACUUUAACGACAACAACAAUUGCACCCACAACAAUGACACCUACCACAGGUGGAACGACAACAGUUGAAGAAACCACAACAGAGACAAUUUCACCUACAGCCACAAAGCCACCUAAAGAAGUCCCCACGGGCCCAACAACCACUUCCACCACUGUAAUUGUUGAAACCUCUACUUCAACAUCACAGCCCACAACAACAGGUGAAGAAACAUCAGGGCCAGUUGUCAAAACUUCCAAUCCCACUACUUUAACAACAACAACAGAGGUAACUACACCUACCACAGGUGUAACGACAACAGUUGAAGAAACCACAACUGAGACAAUUUCAACUACAUCUACAAAACCACCUAAAGAAGCCACCACAGGCCCAAUUACAUAUUCCACAACUGCUGAAGUUGUAACUUUGACAUCACAGCCUUCAACAACAAGCAUAGAAACAACAGAGCCAGUUGUCAUCACAGGCCCAUUAGAAACAACAAGAAAUCCUUCAACAUCGCCACAAGUGAUUAUUACACCAACAUCACAAGUAGUCACCACCAGCCAGUGUAUGUGCAUUGUUAAUGGGACACAAUAUCUACCAGGGAACCUAGUGUAUAAUGUGACUGAUGGUUCAGGGUGGUGCUUCACCGCUUACUGCAAAGCAACGUGUCAAGUUGAAGUGGAAUCAAAUCCAUGUCCUUCCUCUACACCACCCACUGUUUCACCCACAACGUCAGAAGAGACAACGACCACACCACCAACAACUCAAUCCUCCCCAGACUGCACUAGCAUUCAGCCACCAAGAAAGAAUGGAGAGUCUUGGCAGCUGAAUCGCUGUACCACAGCAAUUUGCCAGGACGGCAUUGUUGUCCAGCUACCAGUAAAAUGCAAGCCAGUGGAGCCACUACAGUGUGAGAAUGGUCGUCCACCUGUGAAGGUCUAUGAUUCAACUGGAUGCUGCUUUACAUAUGAAUGUGAAUGUGUAUGCAGUGGAUGGGGUGGAUCUCACUACAUGACAUUUGAUGGAGUAUAUUACAAUUUCCAGGAGAACUGCUCAUACACCUUAGUGAAAGAAAUCAACUUCAAAUACAACCUUACCAUUAUUGUUGAUAAUCACUACUGCGGAAAUGCCGACAGUGGAUUCUGUCCUCAGUCCCUUAUCAUUCACUACAAUUCCUAUGAAGUGAUUCUUACCCAGCAGAGAUCUGGUGAAACAACAGAAAACGUGGUAUAUGUCAACAGUAAACGAAUCUACCCAGCUUACAGAAUGGGUGACAUUGCUCUAACAAGUACUGGUGUGGAGGUCGUGCUGGAGAUCCCUGAUCUUAAGGUUCAGGUGUCUUACAAGGGGUCAUCAUUUAGCAUCAACCUUCCUUACUCCCUCUUCCAAAGCAGCACAGAGGGCCAGUGUGGUACCUGUGAUAAUUCCCAGAAGAAUGACUGCCAGUCACCUAAUGGUCAGAUACAGAGCUGCUCAGUCGCAGCUAGCCAGUGGCUAAUUCCAAACCAGGACUGUCCAACUCCUCCAACAGCACCACCCCCAAGCACAUCCCCUACCCCCUGCAAGACAGCCGUUUGUGAAAUCAUGAACAGCAAGGUCUUUGAGGAAUGCCAUAAAGCGGUUUCUCCUGAUGCCUUUGUUCAGGCCUGUAGAUCAGAUGUCUGCUACAAUGCUAAUUCUAGCUGCUCUAGUCUGGAGGCAUAUGCAUCUGAAUGUGCAAAUAAAGGGAUCUGCAUUGAAUGGAGGAAGUUCACCCAUGGAGAAUGUGAGCAUACAUGCCCAGCCACGAAGGUGUACAUGCCAUGUGGUCCAGCAGUUGAACCAACAUGUAAUACCAGAUAUAAUGAGAAGUAUUUGAACAACCAAACCGAAAUGAUCAAUAAGACGAAGGAGGGUUGCUUCUGUCCAUCUAAAACCGUCUUGUUCAGCACCUACUCUGAUACUUGUGUGGUCUCCUGUGGCUGCACCGGACCUGAUGGCAACCCCCAAAUGCCUGGUGAUACAUGGGAGAGUGGUUGCCAGCAGUGCACCUGUGACAUGGACUCUGUGAUUGUCCAGUGCCAGCCUAUCACCUGCCCCACACCAGCCACACCCAUCUGCAAUGAGACUGGUUCCAGACUGGUGAACAAGACAGAAGGCUGCUGCCAGAAAUAUACAUGUGAGUGUGAUGCACUGCUUUGCCCCAAAGUCAUGAUGGACUGCCAGCCAGGGUGGGAGGCAAUUAUAAGCACAUCCAACUCAAGCUGCUGUCCAGAGUAUACCUGUGUUCCUAAGGGUGUAUGUGUCUACAAUAACAUUGAGUACCAGCCUGGUGCUGAAGUUCCUAAAGGAACAUGUGAGAAUUGUAUCUGCAGCUCGACCAUGGAUCCUAGCACCAAGCUCAACAACAUUGUGUGCACAAAUAUCUCCUGCGACACUACAUGUUCACAGGGCUUCCAGUAUCAGGCCAUACCUGGUCAGUGUUGUGGGAAAUGUGUACAGACAAGCUGUGUGGUUAAUAUGCCAGAUAAGACCAAACACACUAUGCAGGUGAACGAAACAUGGUCACCACCUGGUGACAAAUGUGUGAUGUACACGUGUGACAAAAGUGAUGACCAAUAUAUACCAGUAGAGGUGAAGACUGUGUGCCCUGAUUUCAGCCCAGAGAUCUGUGUCCCAGGCACAGAAAAGACAGAUGCAAAUGGAUGCUGCAAGACUUGCACAGAACGCAGGAAUGUCUGUGAGAUGAAGUACACCACCACUAGCAUUGUCAUCAGUGGCUGUGUGACCGCUGAGCCUGUGGAGAUCAAUUCCUGCUCAGGAAACUGUGGAACCUCUUCCAUGUACUCAGCAGAGGCGAACACCAUGAUGCACUACUGCUCCUGCUGCCAAGAGGCGACCACUAGCCAGAAAGAGGUGGAGCUGCUCUGCCCUGAUGGGUCAAAGGUCAAGCACUCCUACAUCCACGUGGAGUCGUGCGGAUGUCAUGUCACAGACUGUGAUGCAAAAACGACCGCCACCCCGGGAACAACCAGACAGCGCAGGAGGAGGCGCUAAACGUCUAGGGAGACAACAUCGGAAUUGUUCUCAUGACAUCGAAUGUUUUAGUGCGAAUUUGUUUUCUUGUUACUUUUUAAUUCAAUCUGUCAUGUCAGUAUAUUUCUACAAUCGGCAGCACUUAGUGUUAUGUUCUUAUACCUUCAUUGUAGAAUGAAAGUAUUUUCUAUGAUAAAUGUAGUGGGUAAUCUCUUUUCUCAUUAGUAGUGAGUAAUAAACAACAGCAACAUCA